CUCAACCUCAACCCGUCCGUUAGAUUUAUGUCAGACGGUCAUUAAAUGUUCCUUCUCCCGUACUCCGCGAAAUCAACGGCUGUUAACGAAGCACGUUGCAGAUGUCGUCCUCCGCCGGCCGGUUGCCAAACCUACCCCCACCCCAAUACACCGGCCACGUGCUAGCUGCUUCUGACGCCAACACUAACUGACACGUGUCAGUUCAAAGCUGAGCCCUAGAUAAUAAUCUAUCUUUAAUUUGUAUCCUCCCUCUUUCCUUUCAUUUCUCACGGUGCGAAGAAAUUUAUAACCGAACCCGAAAUAGGAGAAAAUCCACAGGAAAAAAAGAAGGGAUAAAUUAUUAAAUUUGGAAUGUUUAAUCCGAUGGCGAGUUCGAAGCUUCUGGUGCUUUGGAUCGCCAUCUCGAUCGUGGCCGUCGGAAUUAGGGCGGAUUCGAGGGCUGAAGAAGUGAUCGUGGAGCCUGGGGCCUCGGAUUCACAUCUGAAGCUUGAAAUCGAGCAGCUCAAAUCGAAGAUCUCGUCCCUAGAAUCCAGUCUAACCGAUAAAGCCAAAGAACUGAACAACAAGGACGUUAGCAUAGUCAGUCUGGGUAAAUUAAUUGAGGAGAAAUCAGCAAGCAUUGCUGCAUUGCGGAGCGAGAUUGAAUCACUUCAGAAAAAGGGGGCUGUGGUCGAUGAAGAACAAGUUGGGAAAGCCCAUGCACGAGCUGGCGAACUUGAGAAAGAGGUUGGGAAGCUUAAAACUGAUAAAGAGACUCUAACUAAGAAAAGCGAGGCGUUGGAAGCACGGGCCAGUGGAGCGGAGAAGAAAAUAGAGGAGCUUAAGCUUCUGCUGGGAAAUCUUGAAAAGACAAAUGAGGAUCAGAAGCGACGACUCCAUAAAACAGAACGUGCUCUUAAAGUUGCAGAGGAGGAGUUAUUGAGGGCACAGUUGGAAGCUACAUCAAAAUCAAAAGUAUUGAAUGAGAUUCAUGGAGCGUGGCUACCCCCUUGGCUGGCAACUCAAAUAAGACUUAUCCAGGACCUUGGAACGACCCAUUGGAAUGAGCAUGGAAAACCAGUCAUGGACAUGUUGCUACAGAAGAUAUCAGAGAAAUCAGCCCAGGUGCAAAAAUGGGCCAAGCCCCACCUAGAAUCUGUCAAAACUAAGUGGAUUCCAGUCGCCAAGGAGAAAUGGAUGAGCUUUACAACUUAUGUUGAACCUCAUGUGCAAACAGUAUCUACAAAAAGUGUUGAGGUUUACGAAGUUUGCCGAAGUUCCAUUACACCACAUUUUAUCAAAGUACAAGAACUCACAGCUCCAUAUGUCCAGGAAGCUAGGAGCUUAUCUAAACCCUACGUUGAACGAAUUGCCACAGUGACUAAACCCCAUGUAGAAAAAGCACGUGUUGUUUUGAAGCCUUAUACAAGCCGUGCAGUUUAUGGUUAUGGAAAAUUUCUUGAAUCGGCAACUACUUACCAUCAUCAGGUUCAAGGUGCUGUUCAUGAGAAACUUAAAAAAUAUGAUCUGACAAAACCUCUUGCAACAAAAGAGCUUGUUUGGUUUAUGGCCUCUGCUUUGUUGGCAUUACCUGUCUUUGUCCUGUAUAAAAUCUUUUCGAGCAUGUUCUGCAAAAAGGCAAAGAAACCUUUGGACACCCAUGCUAAUCAUGGACAUCGGCGACAUAAGCGCAGGCAUGCUGACAAGUAGAGUAACACUGGAUACUUGAAUGUCAGUUAUUUUCUGUGUUUGUAAUCAAAGAUGUCGUCUGGGAGUCUUGAAAUCGUUGGAGCUUUGGAUUACACUGGUUCGUAGGAAUGCGUGCAAUAGAGAUAUGGGUGCAUCUACGUAUACAUAAAUGUUGCACUAUUUUUAGAAGUGGUUAGUUUUUCUUUAAGAUAGUUUUAGAGUGUUUCUUGUGUGCUCAUCUAUGUUUUGUAGGUUAUGAAUUUUCACCAUGUUUUUUCUUUUCUUUAAAUCUUCACACAUAUUUUGUCAUGUCGCAUAAGGGCAAAAUGGGGGGAAAAAGAAGGGGGAAAAAAAGAUGUGGAUGUUGUAUUUUAUUUAUGAGAGAAACCCACCGUCCUGCUUUUUUAUUCUUUGAGGGGGGCGAGCGUGUUAUAGGGACGAGAUAAGCCCACGUUAACUACGAAGUGCAUCCGAAACCAUUUGUAUGAUGUAAUAGUAUAUUUUAUAUUCAGAAUUGAUUCUUUUGGGUUA